AUGGAGGAAGUGUCGGCCUUCGGCGAGCGAGAAUUCAUCCCAGCGGCUAAGAUGGCGCAAACCAACCCGCAGCCGGCACAGGGCGGCCCCUGGAAGAUGACCGUCUACGACCAGGACAACUUCCAGGGCAAGCGCAUGGAGUUCACGGCCUCCUGCCCUGGCACGGCCGAGUGCGGCCUCGACACCAUCCGCUCGCUCAAAGUGGAGAGCGGGGCCUGGUUCGGGUACGAGCACGCCAACUACUGCGGGCAGCAGUUCGUCCUGGAGCGCGGCGAAUACCCGCGCUGGGAGGCCUGGAGCGGCAGCAACGCCUACCAUGUGGAGCGGCUCAUGUCCUUCCGCCCCAUCUGCUCGGCGAACCACAAGGAGUCCAAGAUGACCCUCUUCGAGAAGGAGAACUUCAUGGGGCAUCAGUGGGAGAUCCAGGACGACUACCCGUCCCUGCAGGCCAUGGGCUGGAGGAACAACGAAGUCGGCUCCAUGAAGAUCCACGGCGGCGCGUGGGUUUGCUACCAGUACCCCGGUUAUCGUGGCUACCAGUACAUCCUGGAGUCCGACCACCACGCCGGCGACUACAAGCACUGGCGGGAGUGGGGCUCGCACGCCCAGACGUUCCAAGUCCAGUCGGUCCGCCGCGUCCAGCAGUAG